UCUUCGGUCAGCCAGCAUUUGGUCAUGUCUUCUGUCACUCAGGUCUUGGGUCUUAAACCUUAUCCAAUAAGCGACGCUGCCGUGAGAAGCAUCCAAUCAGGCACGCAGCUGGGGCGGAAAAGGCGGCUUCUGCGAUGUGGCGGCGGCUUUGUGUCUUGCUGCAGCUAGAGUUUUAGGUGUCGUCUUUGCUGUCCUGUGUCCUCUGCUACUAUAGGUCCAGCCUCUGUGGCCUUGUGAUGUGCUGGUACUGGAGAUCCACAGCUGAGAUGCCAGGACCCCCUGGAAAUCAAGAAAUGAGCAGUGUGAAAAGAGGAGGCGAGAACGACCCCUGGACCAACCGAAGCCCACACACUGCUGCAUCUGGCGCCCAGUGCCUAGGUCCCACCACCGUCGCCACCAUGCCCAAGAGAAAGGCUGAAGGGGAUGUUAAAGGAGAUAAAGCCAAGGUGAAGGACGAACCACAGAGAAGAUCUGCAAGGAGUGUUGACAUUUAAGGAUGUGGCCAUAGAAUUCUCUCGAAAAGAGUGGCAAUGCCUGGACACUGCACAACGGAGUUUAUAUAGAAAUGUGAUGUUAGAGAAUUAUGGAAACCUGGUCUUCCUGGGUAUUGCUGCCUCUAAGCCAGACCUGAUCACCUGUCUGGAGCAAGGAAAAGAACCUUGGAAUGUGAAGAGACAUGAGUUUGAAGCCAAACUCCCAGUUGCAUCUUCUUAUUUUGCCCAAGAUCUUUGGCCAAAGCAGGGAAUAAAAAAUCAUUUCCAAAAAGUGAUACUGAGAAGAUACAAAAAAUGUAGACAUGAAAAUUUUCAGUUAAGAAAAUGUUGUCAAAGCACCGAUGAGUUUAAGGUGCACAAAGAAUGUUACAAUGGACUUAACCAGGUUUUGAUGGCUACCCAAAACCAAUUAUUUCAAUGCAACAAAUUAGUGAAAGUCUUUCAUAAAUAUUCACAUUCAAGCAGACAUAAGAUAAGACAAAGUGAAAAGGAACCUUUGAAACAUAAGGAAUGCCAAAUGUUAUUUUACACACUUUCAGACUUAGCUGAACAUAAAAGAAUUUAUACCAGAGAACGACCCUACAGAUUUAAAGAAUGUGGCAAAGCCUAUAAUGAGGCCUCAAACCUUUCUACAUAUAGAAAAAUGUAUAGUGGACAGAAACCCGACAAAUAUAAAAAAUGUGGAAAAACUGUUAGCCAGUUUCUACACCUUACUACCCAUAAAAGAAUUCGUACUGGAGAGCGACCCUACAAAUGUGAGGAAUGUGGCAAAGUUUUUAACCACUUCUCAACCCUUACUAGACAUAAGAUCAUACAUACUGGAGAGAAACCCUACAAAUGUGAGGAAUGUGGCAAAGCUUUUAACCAAUCCUCAACCCUUACUGGACAUAAGAUCAUUCAUACUGGAGAGAAACCCUACAAAUGUGAGGAAUGUGGCAAAGCUUUUAACCACUCUUCAAUUCUUGCUAGACAUAAGAGAAUUCAUACUGGAGAGAAACCCUACAAAUGUGAGGAGUGUGGCAAAGCUUUUAGCCGAUACUCACAGCUUACUAGACACAAGAUAAUUUGUUCUCGAGAGAAAGGCUACAAAUGUGAAGAAUGUGGUAAAUAUUUUAGGAGGCACUCCAUCUUUAAUAGACAUAAGAAGAUUCAUACUGGAGAGAAAUCCUACAAAUGUGAAGAAUGUGGCAAAUCUUUUAGGUGGCACUCCGGCUUUAGUAGACAUAAGAAGAUUCAUACCGAAGAGAAAUCCUACAAAUGUGAAGAAUGUGGCAAAUCUUUUAGGUGGUUCUCAACCCUUAUUACACAUAAGAGAAUCCAUACUGGAGACAAACCCUACAAAUGUGAGGAAUGUGGGAAAGCUUUUAACCACUCCUCAAGCCUUACUUAUCAUAAGAGAAAUCAUACUGGAGAGAAAUGCUACAAAUACAAAGAAUGUGGAGAAACCGCUUAUGGAUCCUCACACCUCACUACACAUAAGGGAAUUCAUACUGGAGAGAAACCCUACAAAUGUGAAGAAUGUGGCAAAGCUUUUAACCAGUCUUCAAACCUUGCUAGACAUAAGAGAAAUCAUACUGGAGAGAAACCCUACAAAUGUGAGGAGUGUGGCAAAGCUUUUACCUGGUACUUGAGCCAUUCCAGACAUAAGAUGAUUUGUUCUGGAGAGAAACGCUACAAAUGUGAAGAAUGUGGUAAAUCUUUCUGGUGCUGCACAGCUCUUACAAUGCAUAAGAAAAUGCAUACUGGAGACAAACCCUACCAAUGUGAGGAAUGUGGCAAAGCUUUUAACCAAUCCUCAAUCCUUACUAGACAUAAGAGAAUUCAUACUGGAGAGAAACCCUACAAAUGUGAAGAAUGUGGAAAAUCCUUUAACCAGUUCUCACACCUUGCUAAACAUAAGAUAAUUCAUACUAGAUAGAAACCCUACAAAUGUGAGGAAUGUGGCAAAGCUUUUAACCACGCCUAAACUCUUGAAUAAUGAAGAGAAUUCAUACUGGAGAGAAACCUUAGAAAUGUGAGGAAUGUGGAUAAGGUUUUGUUGAAUCUCAAAAACUUUCUACACAUAAGAGAAUUUGUACUGGAGAGAAACUCUAUAGAUGUGAAGAAUAUGGCAUAGCCUUUAGCCAGUCAUGAAAUCUUACUAGACCUAACAUAAUUCAUAAUGAAGAGAAACCCUAAAAUUCAAAGAAUGUGGCAAAGCCUUUAACUAGUCCUCAAUUCUUUACAGACAUUAUAUGAUUCAUACUGGAGAGAAAUUCUAGAAACCCAAAAGUUGUGACAAUGCUUGUGACCACACCUCAAACAUUUCCAAGCAUCAAAGAAAUUGUGCUGGUGAGAAGUCAUAGAAAUGUAAAUAAUGUGAGAAAGCCUUUAAAGGAUUAUCACAAUUGAUUUUAGGUAAGGUAAUUCAUACUGGAGAAAACUUCUACAAGUAUAAACAAUGCCACAAAACUUUUAAAUAAUGCUCACACCUCAUCGCACAGGAAACCAUUUACAUUUGAGAACAAAUGUACAAAUUUAAUGAAAGUAAAAAGUGGUAAAUAUAUGCUCACAAUCUUACUGUAUAUGAAAGAGCUUAUACUUAACAAAAGUAUUAAAAAUGCAAUUCUCUCAAAAGAUUCUUCAGAAAAUAUAAACCUUUAAAGUGCUGGAGAACAUUUAUUUCAAAGGCUAACAUUACAAAUAUAAAGAGAGUUGUGGUAACUUGUAACAGAACUUGUUAUGUUUAUUUUGUAUUAGAGGCAAACCCUGAAGCAAUUGCUCAAACUUUUUUCAGCAUUAGAGAAUUCUGCAAAUAUAAUACAUCUGGGAAAGAAAGACCUUAAUAGCUGCAGAAACUCCAGAGUGUUCAUGCUAAAAAAUAUUUUUUUCAGACAGAGUAAAUAGAAAAAGAAUAUUUAAUGCAAGAUGAAGUCUAUUGAAAUAAUCAGAAUUAGAAAUGUAUAAGGCACUGACACUUCAGACUUUACACUAAGGCAAUGUUCUGUGUCUACAAUAUAAUCUAAAACUAAAGGUGGUAGAAAAAUUAUUUGUAUGCAACUUUAAAAGAGUAGAAAAUUUUUUGGAGAUUUAUAAUUACAAGUAUACUUUGUUUUGACAAGAUUACAGAUUUUUUUUAAAGUAAAUAAUGUAACUAACUCUACUUCAUGCUAGUAAUGUAAUUAACUCAAAUUACUUCAUUCUUAAACAAUUACUACUUUAAAAUUUUUUUGCAACUCUGACACACAGGCUGUGGUGCAGUGGUGUGACCUUGGCUCACUGCAACCUCCAACUCCCGGUUUUAAGUGAUUCACCUGCCUUAGCAUCCCAAGUAGCUGGAAGUACAGGCACAUAACACCAUGCAAAGCUAUGUUUUAUAUUUUUAGGGAUGGAGUGUUGACAUGUUGGCGAGGCUAUUCUCAAAUUUGUGACCUGAAGUGAUCCACCCAGCUCAGCCUUCGACAUGCUGGGAUUACAGGUAUUAGUCACUAUGCCAGGUCCAUUUUGUUUCUGUAUUCCUAUUAUAUUUACACAUAAAAGCUUGUGACCAAUUGUUAUAUGAAAGACAUGAGAAAUUGUUUUUAUUAGGUGAGCAUUUAUGACCUCUUUUAUGAAAGAGUAAGGAUAUAAAAAUGUAAGAUGCAUGAUAAAAAUCUAAGCAAAAUGGUUCUUUGUGGUUAACUUACAAUAUCGAGUGAUGUAUGAGGUAAGUGUUCAGAGUAGUAUUCUUGUGCAUUGCAUUAAGAGACAAAUAUUUUUAGUUUUAGUUAAAUUGGCUGGGUAUCGUGGCUCACAUUGGUAAUUGCAGCCCUUUGGAAGGCUGAUGUUGGAAAAUCACUAGGUCUAAAGUUUGAGACCAGCCUGGUCAAUAUGGUGAAACUCUGUCUCUACUAAAAACACAAAAAUUAGCCAGAGGUUGUAGUCAUACCUGUAGUCCCAGCUACUCGGGAGGCUUAGGAAGAAGAAUUGCUGGAACCCAGGAGGUGGAGGUUGCAGUGAGCCAAGAUUGUGCCACUGCACUCCAAACUGGGUGGCAGAGUGAGACUCCAUUUCAAAAAAAAUUAAAAUCAAUUGAUAGUACAUGAUUUUAUUAAUUGUACUUUCAUGAAACAAAAUGUAGCACAUUUUAAAAAUUUCAGAUUAUGUAUGAAUUUCAUGUCUUCAGUGUAUCACAUGUCAAAUAUUGGAUAUUAAAUUAAGUCUUGUUAUUACACUUACUUUAACCUCGUCCCCUUUACUCAAAUGUGUUGGUAUAAGAUGGUAAGAUGAUGUAAUAACAACUCUAAUCUUUUUUGCCAAUGGCUUAAAACUUCAAAUAAGUUAAGGAAUAUUUUUUCCACAGGUAAUAGUUUUUUCUCUCUUUUUUUUAACCUUCAAAUUUAUUCCUGUUAAUUUUUGUGGGUACAUAAUAUUUAUGUUAUAUAUACAUAUUCUGAUAGAGGUAUACAAUAUAUAAUAAUCACAGUUGGUUAAGUGAGAUACUCAUCACCUCUAGAACCUAUUUUUUGCAUUACAACCAAUUUACUUCUACAGUUUUAGUUAUUUUAAAAUGUACAAUUAAAAUGUUAUUGACUACAGAAUAAUUUUUGUAAUAGUAAAAAUUAUAUACAGUUAAAAACAAAACUUACAUGUAUCUGAGUCCUGAAUAAAUACCUUUCAAAAUUUAUUAUAUAUAUUUUUUGAAUACCUGGCCUGUAUACUUGCAAACACACCAACUUUUAGUUUUCAUUUACAUAGAGUUAAACAUACACAUCUGUUAGUCUAAAUACAAACUAUAGGUGUGAACAAAUUAUAAAUUAAUUGUGUUUGAGGAUGAGUUUGUAAGUAUUUUCAGAAUAAAAUAUUAAUAUUGGAAGAAAAUAAUUUUAAUAAGGUGUCUAAUUUUCUGUUUCUUUUUUUUCUUUUCUUUCUUUUUUUUUUUUUUUUUAAGACAGAGUCUUUCUCUGUUGCCCAGGCUGGAGUGCAGUGGCAUGAUGUCAGCUAGCUACAUCCCAGAUUCGAGCAACUCUUCUUCCUCAGGCUUUCCAGCAGCUGAGACUACAGGUGUAGGCCACCACACCUAGCUAAUUUUUGUAUUUUUUUACAGAUGGUGUUUCAUCAUAUUGAUCAGGCUAGUCUUGAACUCCUGACCUCAAGUGAAUCCACCCAUCUUUGCUUCCCAAAGCACUGGGAUUUACAGGUAUGAGUCACCAAUCCCAGCCAGAUGUCUAAUUUUUUAGAAAACAAAAAUACUCAAAAAUGCUGAAUGCAAAUCUUUACUUUCUUUUUUCUAUCUUUCUUUUCUUUUGAUUUUUAAUUAAUUAAGUCCCCGUAGAGACUGCCAGAAAUUGCCAGUGCUAGCUAAAUUUCACCUCAUCCUAGUGGGGUAUUGGAAAAAGUUUUCAAUUCCAUUAAUCGUGCCUGGAUAAACCUCAUUGACUAUGAUACUGCCACAGCACAAAGCUGCAAAUCUAUACUUUCUAGUUUGCAUUGAAUUUAUUACUGUAAUAUAUUAUGGCUUAUGGUUCAGAAUCUUCUCAUACAAAUUAUCUGUUUUUACUUGCCUGAUACUUAUGUUAGACUCAUGACUUGUUUAUUAAACAUUUUGUUUUGUGGUUUACAAAGCACUAAGUUUGUGAGCUGCUCUGUGAUUAUAAAAAUGAUUUUAGUGAAAUUUAGUCAUGGGCCAGACAUAGUGGUUCAUACCUGUAAUCUCAGCACUUUGGGAGGCCAAAGUGAACAUAUUAACUAUGGUCAGGAUUUUGAGAUCAGCCUGGCUAAAAUGGUGAAACCCCGUCUCUACUGAAAAUACAGAAAUUAGUGAGGUGUGGUGGUGCAUACCAGUAAUUUCAGCUAUUCAGAAGAGUGAGGCAGGAGAACAGCUUUGACCCAGGAGAUGGAGUUUGCAGUGAACCAAGACUGCACCACUGCACUUUAGGCUGGGUGACAGAGGGAGAUUUUUUCUCAAAAAAGAAAAAAAAAAUUUAGUUAUACCCACAAAAUAAUUUUAGCUGUGAUUCCAAAAUUAGUGCAUUAAAUUGUAUUUAGUCAGAACAUUCAAUGUUCUUUAAUUUGAAGAAUGCUCUAUAAGCCUACUUUUCCUAAGUUAUUGUUUUUUUCACUUUGUAUAAUAGACAAGAGUAGACAUAUUUAUUGAUUUGGUCAAUUUGUUUAGGUAAGUACUAAGGGAGCUUCAGAAGCCAUGAGAAUGCUUUUACAAUAAAUGUGGCAGUGCUUGCUGUGUAACUGAUGCUCCAUAGUAAGGCAUAAAUGUGUCUGGUUUAAUUUAGUUUGUAACUUCACGUUAGAGUUAGAAAAUAUCAAAGGUAAACAAACAAGAUUCGAUUCUUCAUGUGGAGAGUAUAUUUUUUUUCAGGCUGCAAAACUGAAUUUUGCUGAGUUUAAAAAGAAAUUCAGUAUUUAUUUCCUAAUUAUCUUGUUUCAUUUGUCAUUUAAUGUGUAUUCCAGCCGUGUAUAUAUAAUAGCCCUUCUUUUUUUCUGUGUUAAUGGCUACAGUUUUCCACUGUUUUCAUCGACUCUGUUUCCAUCAUGGUGUGAACUGUUUCUCAUCUUUAGCAUCUGUCUUUGGUUUUUGCUAAUUUUCUUAGACUUUCAUUUGUCUUGUCCAUCUCUGGUGGUUACUUUGCUGCUCAACUUUGAGGAGUUCAGGCAGCUUCCCCCUCAGCUACUCCAACAGUCCAUCCAUUUGGCUGAAGCUCUAGAGCAGUUUCUCUUGGUUCUUCUGUUUCCGGUGUCAGAAAUUUGUCAGCAGGGCCAAAUUUUUAAAAACCAUGGCUACCACUUCCUCCCCGCUGCAGGGUGUUUCCUACACUUGUUACCCAUGCUGGUUCCAGCCGCUGCCCAGCCUAGUACAGAAUGAAACUCAGCAGCAGCUGGAGCGCUCAUGCCUGGUGUCGCCCAGCCCGGGGAUUCCUUAGUGGCAACCCUGAGUCCAGUCCCAGCUCCAAGCGCAGAAAGUGGACAUUAACCAGAGCAUUUCCUGGGAGAGAUGUAUCAGCCUGAGAGGCCAGUUUAUUCUACCAGCUUCCUGUUGCCACCUCCGUUUUCAUCAAAAAGACGCUCAGGAAGGCAGGGACACAGAGACACUGUGAAGAGUCCAGGGAAGUGAUAAAGGGCUUGGCCAGAGAGCCUCAGGCCCAGCUCAGGGCGUUGCCCCUCUUGCCUGAGCAGAGAUCAGCCACUGCCACUGAGGGGACUACAAAGAGACCCAGCCUCCCCAGCCAGCCUCCAUCUGCACCAGAAGAGGAGAAAACUAUUUCCCCAAAUCAAGUUUUUAUUCUUUUCUUUUUUCCAUUUUUUUCAAUGUCUUUUUUCUCUCAAGUUAUGCUCACCUGAUGAAAGAUUUUAUGUUUCAUCUUCACAUGAAAAUUUAAAUGUAGUUACACUGGUCACAAAUUAAGACUAUAAAUUGUACUUUACUUUGGCUAAGAAUCCCGGGGUAACAUUAAACUUUCAAUAGUGCUUUCUGAAUCUUAACCGUUAUUACCUUUUAUUUGAUUCUAUUAACUACAUUGUAGUAAGUAAUAAUAAAUUAUUGAUUUGCAUAGCUUGACAGUUUACAAAGGACAUGUAUUCAUUCAUUGAACUGAAAAAUGUGUGUUGAGCAUCCACGUGGUGCCAUACUUUUUGCUAGCCUUGGGAGAUAAAAUUAAGAAAAAGUAUUGGCCAGGCGCGGUGUUGCAUGCACUUUUGGAGGCUGAGGUGGGCGGAUUACGUCCGGGUUCAGGAAUUUAAGACCAGCUUGGCCAAAUAGUGAAACCCCAUCUCUACUAAAAACACAGAAAUUAGCCGGCCAUGGUGGCAUUUGCCUGUAGUCCCGGCUACUUGGUAGGCUGAGGAAGGAGAAUCACUUGAACCCCAGAAGCGGAGGUUUUGGUCAGAUGAGAUGGCGCCACUGCACUGCAGCCUGGGCAACAGAGCUAGACUCCUCGUCUCAAAAAGAGAAGAAGAGUAAAGGAAAGAAAAGAGAAGAAAAAGAAGUAAAGAAAAAACACAAAUUGAUCUCUAAGGAAACUUUCAUUCUAGUUUCAUAAACUCCUCACACACUCUGGUAAAGUACAUACCUCUAAAGUCUUCUGUAAGCCUACUACCCUAAAGUGACCACUAUCCAAAUAUUGUGUUAUUUACUUUAUGCAGUUUUAUCUAUGAAUAAUACACAUUUUAGUGUUUCCUGGGGUUUUUGACUGUAUAUAUAUAUAUAUAUGGUAGCAUAAGUUUUCAUCUGUGCCUUGCAUUUUUAUUUAUGUAUAUUUUUCCCUCAUUUUCAUGUUGCUUUGCAUAGCUAUAGUAAUUUAAUGCACCUUUAGAAGUAGUAUUGUAUGCAGGUUUCCUGAGUUAGACCAACGUCUUUAACGGUCAGAAGAGCAGGCUCAGAGUACCUGUGUAACUUUGGACAAGUUUUUUAACCUCUCUGAUUCAUCUGUUACUUAGAGAUAAUAACAUGGCAGUGAAAUUCUUGCUGUUCUUUGAUUGUAAUAAUAUAGGUAAAGUUAUAUCAAGAAAAAUAAAAACAGUAUACAAGGCAAAAAAUAAUAUAGAUACAUUCAAGAUUUAACAUAUAAUAUUUUUAAAAAUUUUAUUUAAUUUGAAAAUUUAGAUAAAACUACCUUUUUUUCCCAAGAAAAUAAGCGGCAAAAACUGAUUGAGAAAAAAUUAAAAAGAAAAAAAUAUUUUAAAAGUUUUUAAUUUUACACACUUAAAAAGCACAUAUUGUAAAAGAACAGCUUGAUAAAUUUUUACAAAAUGCCUAUACUGUGAACCCCGCACCCAGUGAUGGAAGAGUGUGAACAACCUGGGACCUCUCCUUCCUUGAUUCUCCUUUUCAACCACUGUACCCCCGAGAGAAACUUACAUUCUGACUGUUUAUACAAUAAAUAAUAUUUGCCUGUUUUUGAAUUUUAAAUAGAUUAACACAAUAAGUCCAGAUUUUGAGCCAGGUUCUAUUGUUUAACCUUGUGAGAUUAAUCUCUGUUACUUAGAGUGGUUUGUAUAUUUAUUUGUCUGCAAUGUGACAUCAUAUGAAUACAUUACAAUGUAUUUAUUCAACUGUUCAUAAACAUUUUGGUAAUUUUCCCCAAUUUUUCAGUGCUUCUACAGACUGUCUUGUGCAUUUUUAAACAGAAACUAGUGCAAUUAUAUAGCUAUUUAACCACAAAUAUAAUAAAAAUAUAUUUCUAUCUUCAGCUUGUGUAGGCAUUGGAAGCCCUCCUUCAGAAGGUAGUACCAACUUAUGCAACCAGCACUGUAUGAGGGAUUAUUUAUUAUCUAAUUGUCUUUAUUUUCAAACUCUACAGUGUAAACUUUGUGCUCAGAGGCUUUUAAUUUUAUUCAUCAAUUUAUUAUUAAUUGCAUUUUUUGCAGUUUUUAAUGAAUGAAAUAUAUUCACCAAUCUAUUUUUAAUUGUAAUUUUGCAGUUUUUAAUUAAGAAAAUAAAUUUGAUUUGAACUUGAA